AUCUUUGAGUGCCUGUCAUGUUUCUCAUACGCACCCUCGUUCAGCUCAGCGUGGAUUAUCAGGGCUGCUGUUGCAGCUUUUGAAUACCUCAACACAGCCUCUCAGCUGUGGGCAGAGGUAUGAAAAACUCCUGGCUCUCUCUGGCUCCCUCAACCAAAUGAGGGAGGGCCUAUAUUUGCCAAGCACGCCAGUAUUAAAAUAAAAAAUGGUAGCUGAUGGAAGCUGUAAGGCAGAAGCAGGCUGAGUAUCCCCGAGAACGACUUGUGAACUAUUUAAUGACAUGUGAGAAAGAUAGUCUUUGGAAAUGUGAGCUGGCAGAUGCAACACAAUAUCAAGCUACUUGUCAGGACUUCAAGUUGCCUUCUGUUGGGACGCUUCCACCAUGGGAAUCCAAGAAAUGAAAACCAUCUCACUGCACUGAUUCGGUGUCGCCACAGCACCAUCGGGGCAGGGACAUGCCAAUUUCCUUUUUCAUCACAAAUGACUGAUGAGAAACUAGGCUGCGCUUUUCUUUUUUUCCCCUUCAGUCACUCGCAGAAGAAGCCUGGUGACAAGGGGUCAUCUUCUUAAGCAUUUUCCUCUUCAUUGUUUGCUGUGGAUGGCGUUGCUCUCGUGCAGAAACUGUGAAUUUUUUUGAGCCAACGUGUGUUUUGUUUUUGCAUUGGAGACAAAAGCAGGCCAUUAUGCAAUGGCAGAAGUUAAAGCCCCCGGAGCCAGAUGAUCCUAUCUGUUGCUGUGAAUGCGAUCUCUACCAGUACGGAUGUUGCUGCGACUGCGAGGAUCUGGAUGAAGCCUUUAACAGGUGGCUGAAAGACAAACCUUCUAAAAGUACAUUUCAGUCUCCUGUAUUUGGUGCCAUGGCUGACAAUCUGGAAAUUUCCCUGAUCCCCGCCCUGCUGAUGCUGCCUCUGCUGCUGAAGGUUGCAGCGUUGCACUACCUGCUGGGUAUAACCGUCCUGACAGCUCUGCCUGGCCUGGUGCUGUGGUACUACUAUGCAACGCACCGAAAGAAGAGACGCACCCUCUUCUUCCUCACCCUCGCAUUGUACUCUCUGGCCUACAUGUAUUACCUCUUCAUCACAGAGAUUUUACCGCGUGGGGACGUCAGCCAGCUGCAGGUGUGCACCGUGACCUCUGGGAUGAUCUUCACUAUAGUCUCUCUUAUUCACACCAAGAAAGGCCCAGGAUUUGUGACUGCUGCCCUUCACGACUCUCACAGUCACAGUCAGGAGGAUAAAAAGGAGUCCACACAAGUAAAUAAUGGAUCUAUCCAAUCACCAGCCUCUCCCUCAGGGACACCAGCAGAGCUGCAAACCCCAAAGGAGGGCCUCGGAGCAAAGUGGAGCAGGUGUCCUUUGUGCAAAAUAAUGCGACCACCGCGGGCUGGUCAUUGUCGAACCUGUGGCUCAUGUGUCCAGCGUCUGGAUCACCAUUGUAUCUGGAUAAACAGCUGUGUAGGACAGGCAAACCAUCGCAGUUUCCUGCUGACCCUCUCUGUGUUUGUGUUGACCUCUCUGUACGGGAUCAGUUUGGUGCUUUGCAGCCUCUGUCCUCGUCAGUAUCUAAUGACGGCGCUCUUCUACUGCCCCGGCGUCUACACUCAGUCUAGCACAGCACUUUGCUUUACCUGUGCGUGGUACAGCAGCAUUGUCGCAGGUGGACUGCUUUACCUCUUGGUGACACAAGUUCUCAAUAUCAGCUUUAACGUGACGGAGCGAGAGGCUCAGCUGGCUCUGAGGAACAAAACGGGCCAGAGCCGCCUGUGGGGACUCGUUGUUGACACAGGAGAGUAUUCUCGUGGCUUCUAUCAGAACUGGGUUGAGUUCCUCACCAUGACAGAUGCUUCAGCUUCGUCUCGGUCCAGCCUUACUGACUUGGUCUAGUUGUGCUUAAUGCACUCGGUGACAUCGUGGUAAUAUGCAUGGAUGAAGAAUUAGAGUUCAUAUUUCUUUUUCAAUACAUUCCAGGAUUGAGGUAUUAAUAUGAACAUGUUUUUAAUGACUGUUUAAAGAUGCAUACGUGUGUUAGGGGUUUGGAUUUUUAGCACCAUUUUCUGCUGAAGCUUUUGACCCGGACACAUGCAAGACAGUCUGUGGAUUUUGUGCCUUUUAUAAAAUUUAAUCAAAGACUGCAGACAUUAUAGCCUGCCUUUUUAUACACCUGCAGAAAGUAAGAAGAAUAUGUUGUCUUUAUAAAAAAUAAUCUCACUGCAUGCAAGUCAAAAAAAUCUAAUAAACUUCAAAAUGAUACAAAAAAGGAGUUCAAAUCAAAGAAGAUAAACCAGAAACCAAACUGCUGGAUUCAAGAAUGGAUAGCUUUCCUUUACUAUUUUAAUAUCCAUUAGCAAUGUGGGAAAAAUACAAAGUCUGGCCUUAAGAUGGUAUCAGAGGAAAAGCCAAAGAAAAGCAAAUGGUCACUUUUGACCCGUUCUGCAGACAUGCACUCAGUAAAUACUGACAUCACUAAACUGGUCAAGUUGGAAAUUUAAAAAGAAACAAAGAUAAAUAAAUAAAAAUUAAUAAGAGGGCAAGAAAAACAAGUUAUGGAAGGAUCUGCAUCUGUGAGAAGAGGCCUAACUAAUACAGAACACAGAGGCUGGCUUAGCUCAAUGUAAGAUGUUAAAAAAUGUCUAAAAUAUGUUGCAUGUGAUGGUUAGAGCAAGUACAAAGUUCAUCACCUUGGUCACAAUAAAAUGUGCGUUUUGUGCCUUUUUUUCUCUGCAAUGUGCUGCAUUAUUGUGUGUGUUUUUUAACAAAUGUUUUUUGGUCUUUACUGACCCACGGUGCCUUCAACACUGAUCUACAAAUCUAAACACACACGCCAAUUCUUUCUCUAAUUAUUCAGUUAUAGAUAAUAAUAAUAAUUUAUGUAAAAUUCUGCAAUGUCAAACUGUUAAAUCACUGUUCUCAGUCAUACAGCAUAGUGUGAAUUGAAAAUGAAACCCUAUCUAUUCUACUGUAAUCUCCAGUCUCAAUUUUCAUUGCACACUUUUCACUAUUUAGCAUUAUUUCUCAUUAUCCACAUUUUGGGUGGAGCACAUCAAUAAAUAUUCUUAUACCGAUACAUUUCUUCCAUUUGAAGGCGUAUUUCAUCCCUAUAACUUCAGUGCCAGCACUUUCAGUCGCAGCUUUUCCUCUGGUGCCACCCUCAGGCCACUCUGUGCUUAACAUUAACAAAAACACCCAACAACAUUAAUAUUAAGUCUGUUGCUCGGUCAGUUUGUCACUUUAAUGUAGUGGUGUAACAGAGCUACAGCAAUGUCUUGAUUCUAGGUUUAAACAACCAGUCUCAGCAAGGGGUUAAAGUAAGUAUAAAAUACAGUUUCCUUAAAACAAAUAGAAUUCAAACAUGGGGGGAAAAUCUAAUCACAAAGAAAAAAUAUCUGUGUCCCUUCACAAAAGAAAUAAGUGGGGGUGGUGGGCUGGUUGCUUCCUUAAUGGCAGUCCUCCCACAGCUACCACUAUGGGUUAAGUUGGUAACACACUUUAUCCAAAGUCAGCACUGCCUUGAGAUUUGGGCCACAGGAAAACUGAAAAUGACAGGGCUAUUCAAGUACUCAUCAAAAUCCAAUCUACAUAUCAAAUCCAAACACACAAACAAAGACUGAAGGUCUUUGCUUCUGCAGGCAAGGAUUUUAUAUGCCUCACAUGCCUGCACCCAGAAACACAGAGGAAUGAAAUGUGUUUGCUACUUUCAGUCGGUUCACAGCAGGUUUAAGACAUUUGAGGGAAGUCAUUGUAUCACUGGAAGACUUCCCAAUAUUAAACCUAUUCAGCCUAAAAUGAGGGAACAAAAACACGUAAAAGACGAUUGUGUUGGUGUAUCCAUCACUAGUGCCAAGUGCACAUGAAGAGAUGAAAAAGGGGGAUAAACAACACAAUUUAUGCAUAAUUUAUAGCACUGUACAAAGUGUUAAAGGGGGGCGGAGCAGAUGUCGAUCAGUUGUCCAUCAAAAUCUUGUUGAAUAUUAUAAACGUGGCAUUUUUAAAACAGGAUAAUUUAAAAUGCAAUUUUCAACAAAUGUCAGCAAACAAACACAAACUAACGCUUACUUAAGACGACUAAAUUAGGACAACUUCUUCAUUGUGAGCAUUUCCCCGGGAGAGAAAACAAUGUCAGACAUCUUCACUCAAAUUAGGCGACAUCACCCACUGCCUGCAGUGCAGGCAACAGCAAAUGGAGCGUUUGAUUAGCACAGGAGUUACAUUUACCACCUCCUGCAUCUUCCAUGUGAAGUAUGGGAAACUGCAGCAGCCUUCUCACCACCGAAGCAUUCACAUUCGUAAUCCUUUGUAAUCUUUGGGACUGAUUUCAUCCAGCAGCCAGCACGCUGACUUGCUGGGCUCGUGUUUCCCUAGCAGUCAGAGCUUACCGGGGGGGUCACUGACUGGUAUCUGGCCUAAAUGCAACAGUAAUUAGGUCACAAGAAGGUAACCCUUAUGUUUUAACCAAAUUACCAGAAGGCCACAAUCUGUGAGUAGUGAACAAACAAACAAGUUCAAUCUGGACCCAGAUAGAUGGGUGAUGGAUGGUGUGACACUUUCAUUCUUGUAACAUAAAUGGUUGUUAUUUCAAGAACCAUUGAUUACCUUUUGUAGUGAACAAGAACAGAGUGAACUUUGAGAUUCUUCAUCACUGAACAGCAGCGGAAAAAAGGAUUCUACAAACUUAUUUACUUAUCACUGUUAGCUUAUCCAGGGAAUCAUUUCAGGUUACUACACAGGGAAGCGUGAUUAGGAAUCCAGUUUGUGAGCCAUGUGUUUUGUCUGUGCGCGUUACUGUCACAUCUGCUGACAGCUACGUUUGAUUCUGUGGUCUCGGUCGCAGAAAGCACUGGAGUUUAGCCGCAGCCUUGUUUACCACUGUGGAUACACUGUAUUUUGUUUCAAAACAGAUUUUUUGUCUCCACUCAAGCUGAAAUUUAAUUACUACUUUAUUUGGUUUCCAAUUCUCUGACAUCCCAUCUGAUUUGUUAUUCAAAUUUUUGAUUUUUAGUUUUUCUGUGUUUCUCCUGCCAGCUGUUUGCUUUAUAUCUCUCAUAUGGUUCACUGAAUUCUGCUUUUGCGUGGUUAAACUUUUUGGUUGUGAAACCAUGCAUGUAGG